AUGCGACAUUCCGAGCCCGGUCCACGCGGCAUCAGGCGCGGCGUCGGCGGUGGGCUGCUUGCCCGCGGCGACAGCAGCGCGGUGGGCCACGGCGACGGCGGCGGGAUCCUGCAGCACCUGCGCCGCGGCCUGCAGGGCGGUCGGAUCGACGCCCGCGGCCUGCAGCAGCUGCGCCGCGGCCCGCAGGACGGCCGAAUCGACGGCGGCGGCGCGCUGGGCCGCAGCGCGGGCGCUCUGGGCGUCGGCCACAGCUGGGAGGCUGCAGCUGGGCAGCGCUCCCUCCCGCGCCCGCAGGCACCCCCCCCCCCCCCCCCCGCGCCUGCACCCCCGUCGGCUGCGGCGACAGCAGCUGCGGGAUCCGCGGCGGCGCCAUCCUGUGGUGGCUGGGAGGAGACCAGGGCGGCGGCCGACGGCUGGGACGAGACUAGGGCGGCGGCCGGCCGGGGCCUGGCACCCGCACCCUUGCCCGCACCAGCCGCUGCAGCGGCGGCGGCGACGGGCUGCAGGGCGGCCACGGGCCGGAUCUGCGGCCAGGAGGCCGCAGCGCCCCAGGCUGAGGAUGCGGCGGCGCCAGCAGAGCUCAGCACCUGCUGCGCGGCAGCAGAGGAAGAUGAGGGGAGGGGAGGGAAGGAGGAAGGGGAGAAGAGGGACGACGCCGGGAGGGGCGGCGCCGGCGGCUGGGUAGGAGGAGGAAAAGAAACUAGGCUGAUACUGGACGCAUAA